CAGGGGGCGUGGUCUUUCUCUUCCAACAUGGCGGCCUCAAGUACUCCCUGCCCCACUGUGCCCACCACUGAGCUGUGCGGCAGCCAAUGGGACGGAAUCGUGCUGGUCACAGAUGACCCUUCCAAACUGGAUGGCAGUCUGGAAGUCCUCAAGGAGGCUAUCCAGACUUACAAGGAGGUUGACAGCGGUGCGGAUGGUCUGGCUGUCGUCAUCCCUCUCCCCAGUCUGCCUGCUAAGAGACUGAUCUAUGCCUGUACUGGCCCAGUGACACGUGACAUCGAUGACGUCCGCAGGUUUUAUGAUGCAGCAGUGAAGGGUGUGCAGAGGGCUCUGAAGGCAGGAUGUAAGUCGCCGCUGCUGGUGUGCCCCGCCCAUCCCUUAUAUGUACAUGCCCGCGGUGUGGCCACGCUGGGGGCACUGCAUGCUUUGUAUGUGCCUCUGGAGAUCCGUCAGGAUGUUCCGGACCGUACCACCAAGGCUCAGCAACUGGGGGUGUGGGCUGUCUCUGAAGAGACCGCUAACAACAUAGCAAAAAGGGUUGAGGCUUUGGAGAGUGGAAGGAUUGUUGCCCGUGACAUCGGAGGCUCGGACCCGGAGCGCAUGGCAGCGCCGCGGGUGGUGGAGUACCUGCAGGAGAAGUUCAAGGACACUGCCAUCAAGAUGAGGGUGACCUCUGAUGCUGCGGAGUUUGAGGAAAAUUACCCUCUCCUGGCCGCAGUUAACCGCUGUGCCAAAGCUGUGUCCCGUCAUCACGGGCGACUCAUCCACCUGGAGUACACUGGGGAGGGGGAGGUGGACAAGACCCUGCUGCUGGUGGGCAAGGGUAUCACAUAUGACACAGGUGGUGCAGAUAUCAAGGCAGGGGGAGUGAUGGCGGGCAUGCACAGGGACAAGUGUGGAGCUGCUGCCGUGGCUGGCUUCUUCCAGGUCCUGGAUGCGAUCCGUCCCAAGAAGCUGCGUGUGCUGGGCAUGCUGGCCAUGGUGAGGAACAGUGUGGGGGCAGACAGCUAUGUGGCAGAUGAGCUGAUCACGUCUCGUGCGGGGGUUCGUGUCCGUGUGGGGAACACCGACGCGGAGGGUCGGAUGGUGAUGACAGAUCCGCUGUGUGAGAUGAAGGAACGUGCACUGAAGGAGACCAACCCCGAGCUCUUCACCAUAGCAACCCUGACGGGCCACGCCAUCCGCGCCAUGGGACCCAACUACUCUAUCAUCAUGGACAACGGCCCAGCCAGGAAGCUGCAGACAGCCCAGCAGAUGCAGCAGGUUGGCCAUGAGUUUGCCGACCCAUUUGAGAUCUCCACUCUGCGUAGGGAGGACUUUGACUUUGUCCGUGGGCCAUCUGAGUACGAGGAUGUCCUACAGUGUAACAACCAGCCGUCCUCCGCGACGCCCCGCGGUCAUCAGUUCCCAGCAGCCUUCAUGAUGCAAUCCUCCGGACUGGACAAGCAUGGCUGUGACUCGGCCCAGCCCCUGCCCUACUCCCACAUGGACAUCGCUGGAUCCUCCGGACCCUUCCCAGGGGUCCCCACCGGCGCCCCCAUCAUCGCCCUGGCGGCCAAGUACAUCUACCCCCGGCUGUGAAAUGGAUCAGCCCUGUACAUCUACCCCCCGCUGUGAAAUGGAUCAUCCCUCACUGGAGCAGCGAUGACAAGGCUUGGGGGAGUCUUAGACUCCUGGGGACCAGAAAUUUCCUUUCAGCUGUGUUAGGACAGUACAGAUUAUGAAUUACAUUGUGCAUAUAGUGGGACCUAAGAAAAUUACAGAUCAGUCAUUUCCAAAUAUUUGAGGUACCAAUCAUAUUAGCUGGUCUAGCAGGAUUUUGCAACGCAUACAUGCUCCAAUCACACAAUGAAGAAUAAGGCUGCCACACUUGAUGGUGUUAUUUUUUCUUACUUCCUGUUGCAUUUUUCGGAUCAUCUGCUGUCAACAAGUGUAUUUAAACAUUCUGUGUUGUGAUGACCGGAGGUUUUUGUUCGAAUUCUGCAAACACAAGAGCACAAUUUAUGCCUCAUACCUGGACCAACAGUAGUAAUACAAAUUGUAGUUUUGAUUAAAUAAGAAAUAUUGUGAAGUGAGUGAAGACAAUGUGUAAGUGUGACUCAGGUCUAAACUGUUUAAUGAUUGGUCAUUGCAAUAUCGACAAAUAUCACCAUGUUAAGUACAGUCAUGUACAUGCAUUUGUGAUUUAACUAUUGAGAGUUAAACAAUAAAGCAUAUAUUUGAUUCUGCAAAUAAAGACUUUUUAAAUUGGC